UCUGUCGUCACUGUGAGAGAGCCUGGGAGUGGCCGGAAAUAGGAGAGCCAGACGAGAAACAAGAGGAAAGAGGAGGAGUAGGACGAAGAAAUCGAGCACCUGUACACGAAUCAGGAUUUUCUGAAUAUUUUCAAAGCAUCCUUCCAUUUACGGCAGCAGCAUGGCUGAGGGCUCAGUGUCUGUGGCGGAGGUGGAGACCUGCUUCCAGAAGUUUGCAGUCCAUGGGGACACCAAGGCCACAGGGAAGGAAUUGAACGGCAAGAACUUUGCUAAGCUCUGCAAGGACUGCCACAUCAUCGAUGGCAAGAACGUCACCACCACCGAUGUUGACAUAGUUUUCAGCAAAGUCAAGGCAAAGUCAGUUCGUGUAAUCACAUUUGAGCAGUUCAACCAAGCCCUUACUGAGUUGGCUCCUAAACGUUUUAAAGGCAAAAGCAAGGAGGAGGCACUGCAGCAGCUCUAUGGCCUCAUUGUUGGGAAGGAGCCAUCCAAUGUCGGAAUCACUAGAGUGGCAAAGGCAGCAGCAGUGGAUAGACUGACUGAUACCACCAAGUACACUGGAUCACAUAAGGAGCGGUUCGAUGACUCUGGCAAAGGAAAAGGGAAGGCCGGGCGUGAGGACAUCCCAGAUACCAGUGGUUAUGUGUCAGCUUACAAGGGCAGCGGCAGUUAUGAUGAAAAAGUGAAAGAAGCAUAAUCCUGAUGACAGAUUAUGAAAACCUCAACCUAAAUCAGGGGUAUUAAAAAAGGAACAAAUAUUCAUUGGCUACUCUAUUUUUGAAGACAAAAGAAAAUAUAUGUACUGUUGGCCUAUUCAUAACAUUCUGAAAACAGGUCAACAACAACAAAAAACAACAACAUAUAAUUGGAGUUUCAAAGUUUUCAUAUAAGUGACAACCAGGAUGCAAAACUAUUUCCUGAAAAUAAUAAAAAAUAAUGAAUAUAUUUACAUGCAGAAAGUGCAGUAUGCAGUUUUAAGGUGUUCUGUAUAUAUUUUCAGUUACUUUACAGGGACCAAAAAUUAAACUGCACUUGUCGCCAAGCAUGCUUCGUAGAAACUAACUCUCCUUUGUACCAUAGUUUAACACUGUGCCUUACUAUUGAUGUAGCCGCUGGCUUGAAUGCUAUGAUUUCAUGUGCUGCUAUUCUCCGCUAAUUUGAGGCAAUGGAUGAUAAUUUAGCCAGUUUCAAGAAAUCACAGUCAGAGGUCACUCUUUCACUUGCUAAGCAUAUCACUUCAUAUUUCAGUGCCUUUUGCUAAAUCAUCAAUUAGUGCCCAUUAUUACUCGUGUCACAGAAUCUAUUCUUAUCAUUAAAGCAAAGUUGUUGGUUUUUCUUUUUACAAAUAAGCUACAAUAUGUAGAGAAUUGUAACAAGCAGUGAAAAACACACAGUUAGAGUGAUGAUGCUAAAAGCUAUAUAGGAUACUCUAAUGUCUUUCUUCAUUAUUUCUUCCUUACUGACAACAUUGUGCUGUAAUUCUUGGUGCUCAUAAAAUGUAUCCUUUCACAUUGUUUUAUUUUCUUCCUAGGCUUAAUGAAUAAAAACAUCCCUUUUCUCCCAGAAUAAAAGGCUGAAAAAUGCAUUAAAAAGGAAGUGCAUGUAAAAAUCUAAAUAAAUAUUUGAAAAUGUG